UGCCAAAUCUCCGCGUUACGCUAGUUUCUUUUUUUGUUGAUACCAACAGGCCAAGAAUGGGCGUGUAACAGGAGCGAAUCAUGCUUUGAGACGUCCAAGUUCUCCCGCUUCAAGCCCAAAAAAAAAAAAAAAAAAAAAAAAAAAAAAAAAAAUUGAAACUAUGUUAAAAAGUUACAAUUAUUAAUAGACAAAAUGAUGGUCUAACAUGAAACAGAACGAACAAUCCACCUCCCUAGCUGGAGGACAAAAGUGACAAAACUAGCGCAAUACCAGCCCCACGAGAUUUCCAGCCAUCUGAGCGAGAUAUUCUCGCAGCAUUUUGGGGGAAUUUGAAACAAUAAUUAUCAACAUCCAAUAUAGAACCCACGAGUGCUCUCAGGAUCCAUUUGGCGCCCUGCAGAGCUAAACACAGUCAAGCAGGCAGUUUUACUGGCCGUUGAUGACCGCAUUUUGCAGAAAAAGAACAAUAGGAUAUUCCUUCCUUUUGUUCUCAGCGGGGUUAGUGGCGUUCACGAUUGGCUGAUUCCCGAUCCAUGACCUCGCAGUCGCGCUGGAUAGGCGAAAUUUGGAAACUGAUGCAACGGCUGAGGCCAACCCAGCCGCCAAUUACCCACGCAUGAACCCCAGCAAAGAAUUUUGCAACCCUACCUCUUAUUUAAUCAGAGUUCGCUAGCCACUUUAUUUUGACGCUUAUCAAGGCACGAUUUGACUCCAUCUAUUGUUCCCCGUGGUUCAUCACCCUAAAGAGCUACCCUGAACCUAGAGUAUUACUCUCUUGUCAACAUAUUCUUUGAUACCUUUGCCUUUAAAAUGAGUGAUACAGGUUCUUCUCAGCUUUCAGACUGGGAGGAAGACCUGCCAGACAAUGUUCAUUUUCGCCUUCCAGGCUUCACGCUCCCGCUGAAUUGGGAGCCUACCCCGACGAGCACCCCACUCACAACCCCGCGUGCUAGCAUAGACGGACGGACGCCUAGGCUUCAUAUCCUUCACAUUCAGGGCAUACAGAGAGGCCGUUUCCCAAACGCUUUGAACUAUCAAGAUGCGCUCGAUGAUAAUUUGAGGUAAUCUCAUGGUUCCCGGUUUGCGGUUACUAGGUAUUGAUUUGGCAGAUACCCAGCCCUGACGACUCGAGAAACACGAUGGUCCAGAUCAUGAACGAAAUCACGGAUAAACCUAACUGGAAUGUGAAGGUUGGACCUAUAUAUCCCUUAAGUAUGCGGGCAUUGCCCUACUUCCGUGUCUGGUUAUUCAUUAUAUCACUUCUGGCCCCCCCAUUCUCUCUCUCCCCCCCCCCCAAAAACCCUACAAUCCAUUCUACGACAACCUCACCAUAGGUAGCAAGUGCCUAUCCACCACAAUCAUAUCAUUUACUAAUCUUUACAAUAGGUUUCUGAUGAUACCAUCGUGGAGAAGUGGCGGAAGGAAAUGUUAACGGGAAACUAUGGUUUCUCGGAAUCUAUGGCAAAAUGGGUUAUCGAUGAGCUCCGCUACAAAACAAGGAUUUAUCAUGAAUAUGGGCUUGUGGACGUAUUUAACGGCGGAGUAGUCAAAUCAGACACUGCUGUUCCGGGAUCAAUCGACCAGGAGUUGAGAAAUGGGGUUUCGAAACUAGAAGAUGUGCCUGAGAACCUCAAAGAUUACCACCCUUCCACGAAUGAACAGAUUCUGAAUUUAGUGAACCCAUCGCUCUUUCCCCUUGUCUAUGGCCGAACGCGUAUCCUUGGCGAGAAGCUCUUAGGGUUGGGCGACUGCAUCGCCAGCUGCGGCCUUGGAGAAACACUUCCAGUGCCGCGAGACAAAUACACCGUGUUUGAUGAAAAGCUAGAUAACCACUCCGGUUGGGCGGGUAAUUUUUGGAAAGACAAGAUAUACAGCCAAAAAUUCCAAUGGCUACCUUGCAAUGUCGAGUUCCUUGACAAGAAGGGCUCUUACCUACCUCUAGAUCCGAAGGACCCUUCAAAAGUUGCUGCGGCGUCUCUUGCUCCGCCAUGUCGGAUAACAAGCUAUAUCAACAACCUCCAUCCCCACAAACAUCGAGAUCUAUACGAAACCAUCGAGAAGGUGAUAUCCCGCGCAAUUCCCCUUUGGAAUAGAACCCUAUCUUCUCUAAGUGCGGAAUAUACUCGACGUAUUAACUACGAUAUAUGCGUUCGGGAAAGUUCGCUUUCUCCGCCCCGAGAAGGAGAAAAUGGAUCUAGAAAACAGAAACGUUCAGUGACCAAAUCUGGAUAUGUAUUACCAGAGCCUAGAAAGUUCGAACCUACGAUGACGCCGUCGCUGUCACCAGGUUCCGUGGACUUAAAGAAACAAUACCGCAAGUCUGGCUUUCAAGUGAUUGUGAAACUUGCAAAUAUCCACCUAACCCCUGAAAAACCCAAAUAUAACGGCGGUGUCUGGCAUGUCGAAGGCCAACUUAAUGAACACAUAUGCGCAACAGCGCUCUACCACUACGACAAUCACAACAUUACCAACGGCCACAUAGCCUUCCGCCAACAAUGCGCCACAAACCAAAAAAUCAAAAAUAGCCGCGGCGAAGACCCAGACUUCCUCCCCGAAAUCUUCGGCAAACACACCCUAUCCUCCGCAACCCAAAUCCCCGGUAGCGUCGAGUGCUCCCAGGGCCGCCUCCUCACGUUCCCCAAUACCCUCCAGCACCGCCUCGAACCCUUCGAGCUAGCCGAUAAGUCCAAGCCAGGCCACCGCAAGGUCCUAACCCUCUUCCUCGUCGACCCACAUAUCCGCAUAAUCUCGACGGCAAACGUGCCCCCACAGCGCCGUGACUGGUGGACGGAGCACAUCGAGUCAACGGGGGCGCUGAAGAAGUUGCCCAAGGAGUUGGUGGAUAUGAUUUUAGGCAGUGGCAACAAGGCGGAUUUCCCGUUUAGCAUGGAGGAAGCGAAGCGGUUGAGAGUGGAGUUGAUGGCGGAGAGGACGGCGAGGGUUACGGAGCAGGAUAGGCAUUUUAGGCAUAGGGAGUUUUCGCUUUGCGAGAAUUAAACACUAGGUACUGACGGGGUCACGGUGGGCGGGGUGAGGGUGUGUCGUGAUUGGGUGAUUUCCUGGUUUGAUAUGAUAUUUUUUCAUACUUUGUUGAGUCAAGGGUUUUUUCUAUUUUUUCUAUGUUUGAGCGAUUGAUAAUGUCUUUUUUUCUUUUGCUUGUGCUUUUUCUGUUCUUCACAAUUUCCUUCCUAUUCAGGGGAGCACUGCUAUAUCUUUUUGUGGUUACCGUAUGUGAAAUUCCGGGUUACACCUGGGGAUCACUGCAAAGCCGGUUUGCGGAAUGGGGGGGAAGAGAUGGGUGGCUACGCGGACAGUUUACUAGCUAGAGGUUAGAGAAGAGAUUUAUAACACCAACACUUUUGCAAAUUAUUAUCUAUCCUUAUUAUCCCCAAGACGGUGCGAAUGAGCUGACAAUGACGACAUCCACACCCCACCUACUGCGUAUCUAAUACAUACAUGCACAAUACACCCCCC